CGUCCUUGGAAAUACUCAUGAUGAAAAUGAAAAAUGAAUUAAGCUGAUUUCCUUUUCCGCUUGUAUUUUUCUAUUUCCGACUCUUUUGUUUACAAGCAUGUGCCAUUGGCAAGCCUUGUCAUCUUCUUUUCUUUAGUUGGUAACGCGAAAUAAUAACAAUGAACAGCUGUUAGUCACAAAUUCAUGAAUUUGUACAUAUUACUUCAAUUACAUGAUUAUCAACUACUUGAUUUUAAAUUUAUAAGAUAAAAUGUUUAAAAGUAUACGAAAAGUAAGUACAAAGCAACUGCUAAAAACAUUUAGGAUCAAUUACAAUGAAAGUUUAAAGUUGACAGCCAGUUGGAACAUUAAUGUCGUAACGAAUUAUAGCACACAAACUGCUUAUCAAAAUAUAUUUGAUAGAAAUGCGAAAAGAUUACAAAAGGAACGUGCAGCACGCAGCCCAGAUGUCGAGCUGUAUGACUACCUGAAAGAAGAAGUCGGUUUCCGCUUGGCCGAUCGCAUUAUAGACAUAAAACGUGAGUUCGCAAAUGCUGCAGACAUUGGCUGUAGUCGUGGUUUUCUAUCCAAACAUAUUAUGGCAGAGAGUGUACAACAUUUAACCUUAUGUGAUACAAGUCCUACAAUGUUAGCACAAGCGCAAGGUACACCAGGUCUUAAAAUGACUAAGCUGGAGGUGGAUGAGGAGAAGCUGGAUUUUGCGGAAAACUCGCUAGAUUUAGUAAUCUCCAGUUUAAGUUUACACUGGGUUAAUGACUUGCCGGGUUGUUUCUCCAAGGUUAUACGUAGCUUAAAACCCGAUGGCGUAUUCAUAGCAUCGCUCUUCGGCGGUGAUACACUAUAUGAGUUACGCUCAUCACUACAAUUGGCGGAAAUCGAACGUAAAGGUGGACUAGCGCCACAUAUUUCGCCAUUCACACAGAUUAGGGAUGUUGGUGCUUUAUUAAAUCGUGCUGGCUUCACUAUGCUCACUAUUGAUACCGAUGAAAUUGUAGUGGGUUUUCCCUCUAUGUUUGAAUUGAUGUGGGAUUUGAAAGGUAUGGCAGAGAAUAAUGCUGCUUUCAAUCGACCAGCGCAUAUAAGUCGAGAGACUUUGUUGGCCGCAAGUGCUAUUUAUAAAGAAUUGUAUGCCAAGGACGAUGGCGUUUCAGCAACUUUUCAAAUAAUUUAUUUUGUUGGCUGGAAACCGGGUCCUAAUCAACCGCAACCCCUGGCGCGUGGUAGUGGUGAUGUAUCGCUAAAAGAUUUGGGUAAAAUUAUCGAAACUGGUGGUACAAAGAAAACGAAAGCUUAGUGGAAAGAAAUGUUAAAAAUACAAAAAACACUUCAUUUCUAGAACUGAAGAAAUCUAUAAUCUGCUUUGAUAUGUAUGUAUAAAGAUAGUUGAUAAUUCUUAUUUAUGUUUUUACA